UCCGUUGCCCGCCCCUCUCCGGCAGAAAGCAGCGGAAGUUCCGUUGUGACCUGCGAGAGCGAGCGCACCCCUUUACAGUGUAUGUGUGGCAACAACAUGUCUGUGCCGCUGCUCGCCGAGGCUGUGACGGUAUCCGGGACGGAGAAAGAGACCGCUGCGGUCAUCUUUCUCCAUGGUCUGGGUGACACAGGACAUGGCUGGGCUGAUGCCAUGACGUCUAUUAGGCUGCCAUACGUCAAGUACAUCUGCCCACAUGCACCUAGAAUUCCUGUAACGCUCAAUAUGAAGAUGACCAUGCCCUCAUGGUUUGACUUGAUGGGCCUGAGUCCAGAGUCUCCCGAGGAUGAGGCAGGAAUUAAGAGAGCAGCCGAGAACAUCAAGGCCAUCAUUGACCAUGAGACAAAAAAUGGAAUACCAGCGAAUCGUGUCCUCCUUGGUGGAUUCUCUCAGGGUGGAGCUCUCUCCCUCUACACUGCUCUUACCUGUCAGCAGCAGCUUGCGGGUGUGGUUGCUCUAAGCUGUUGGUUACCUCUUCACAAGACCUUCCCACAGGCGGCAAGUGGCAGCGCGAACAAGGAUAUACACAUUAUGCAGUGUCAUGGAGAGAUGGACCCGAUGAUUCCAGUGCAGUUUGGGGCCAUGACAGCAGAGAAGCUUAAGACCAUAGUGAACCCUCAGAAAAUCUCCUUCCGCACCUACCCAGGUCUCAUGCACAGCUCCUGCCCUCAGGAGAUGUCUGAUGUGAAGAAUUUCAUUGAGAAGCUGUUGCCCCGAAUCUGACCUCACUGUGACCCUUAAGACACCGACCUCUCACCUCUGACCCGCCAUUCUCCCACAGGAAACAGCCAUGAGCGUCUCCUACCACACAAACACACAUACAUGAACUCGCACAUACACACACACACACACACACACACACACACACACACACACACACACACACAGAGGCAUGAGCAUCUGUCUGUACAUACUGUGAAGACAACGCAUUCGUACAUUGGUGCCUCAUGCCUUUGUAAGAUCAUACACACAUAAUGGACAGUCAUUAACGCUCUGUGUCAUUGUACAUUAUAUAAUGUUCAGUGCACACAAACAUGUGCUCAACACAUGCCCAGUUUUACCCAGCAACAUUUGGGAGAAUCACUGAUUUUUCACAAUACAUUCCCAUUAACGCUGAAAUCUUAACCCUUUUAGGCUCACUCUUUCUCUCUUUCUCUCUUUCUUGCUAGCUCACCCCCCCAUUUCUCUCUCUCUCUCUCUCUCUCUCUCUUUUUCUCUCUUUUUUUCUCUCUCUCUCUCUCUCUCUCUCUCUCUCUCUCUCUCUCUCUCUCUCUCUCUCUCUCUCUAUCUAUCUAUCUAUCUGUGAGGCAGUAGGGGCAUCACUCUGCUACACUGCUUAUUAGUACACAGCUAAAGCUUCCCAGUGUUGCCUGACGCACCCAGGUUGCUGGAGAGUGCGGCUCUGAUAGGCCUGUGGUGCUGGUGGUCCAUCCAAGCCUGUAACUGGUGCCGCCUGGAGUGACUCACGCCACUGCAUGCUGCUCUCACAGUCCGUGGUUGCAGGGAAAGGGAGGGGGAGUGCCAUGCUGCCUCCAGGCCUCUCACGGGUGCUCCUGCUUACGCUGAAAUAUUUUGUUUUGGACUAGAUACAGCUGAAAUGAAAGCAAACUAAAACUGCUUAAAUAAACCAAAUGAAUAAACCACGUAAAUUUUCCACUAUGCUUUUUUUCUUAAAAAAAGUUUUUUUUAAAUGUUGUACACAAGGAAACUCAUUUGGGUAGAAAGCCUGCUUACAAUUGUGCCAUAUUUACUAAAGAGUUUGAGCAAAGAACUUGAGUUUAAGUUGGUUUACAGAUGCAGUAGUGUGUAGCAUAGUAAUAAUCUUGAAUCAUUUUUUAACAUAUCUAUAAGAAAAUAGUAGUACUUCUGAAUUUUAGAACUCUGUAAAUGAAUCAAGUAAAAAAUAAAAUGUUUUGAUAUUGCGUAUAGUUAGUGUGCAUCACUCCAGGCGGCAUCAAUUCAAAACCUUGUGUAUUAAAAUAUCCUAAACAUACAGCCACUACAAUUGCUUAUGCUCCACCACCAGUAAAAUCAAUGCAUUAAAGCCACAGUCAGGGAUUUCCACAGCAAACACAAACUAUUUAGAGUCUCUGAAUGUGGUUCUUUAUGUCAGUGACUUGGUUUAACAUUUAGAUCAUUUUAUCAACUUAAAAUGGCAGCAUUAGUCAGUACACUUGUUCAGAGAUCUCUGAUUGUGGCUUAAGUGGUGUUUUUGUAUUAAUAUUGUUAUUUGGAGGGUUGGAGGGUGUCCAUUUUGGUUGUUUUCUCUUUUGCAUUAAUAUCACAUUACUACAGGUUAAAAAAAGGUGAAAGGUCAGGGCUCUGGGGUUAAAGAGCAUUGCUAAAGCAGCACAGAAUGUGUUGCAUCUUUAAAACAAAAAAUACUUUAAAUAAAAAACUACUAGGAUACGUGACUAAUUAUAUAAAUUGGAAAAGGAAGGACUUGGUUUACAAACACUGAUCUGUAAUUUAAGGUCGCUUGUUAUGUAUUUUUGACCAUUUAAAACCGUUUUAACAAACCAUGAAAUUAUCAAUAGAUUGUUGUUUGCGAAGUCAUGAAUGUUACUUCUUUAAUUCUCGCUUUCCUUAUAGAUGCUUCUCACUGCAUUAUCUCAGUAUUACUUUAUUGUAUGGCCUUCUCUCCCAAAGUCUUGUCCCUUUGGCUAUAGCUAAGACUUGCUGGCGUAUCUACCCCUGCACCUUUUUUUUUCUUUUUUAGUAAUUACUAUUAGUUAACUUAAUUGGUUAUUUGCAGGCAUGUACAUUAACAUGUCUCAAAGCUUGAAUGUUGUGUGAAUUCAGGGUGUACCGGGCUCAGGCUGUGGUUGGUGAGCAGAAACUGGUUAAAACUCUGGGUGUAACAGUGAAUUUUACCAAGUGUGUGUCCUCCUGAGUUGUAUUUUGUCAUUGGUUGAUGUUUUAUCAUUUGUGCUCAUUUUUCAAAAUGAUUGUGUUCUGUCAACUUUGUCUGUUUAUUUGAUUGAGUGUGCUGAGGGACAGAUGGUUCUUCAGUAUUUUUCCCAAGACACCUAUAUGUGGAAUAAAUAAUGCAGAUCGCAGCAAUA